GAUUUUGUCACAACCACAGCUUAAGGCUGUGGACUGUGGUAGUGCUUCCUCCUCCCUCAGCCCUGUUCUCUCUCUCUCUCCUAGGUGUGUGUGGUGAAGCUGGUAGCAGGUGUGCUGCAUCGUAAUCAGCAGACGAGCUGCAGGUGGAGCUGAGUGACUGGUCUCUGAGCGUCUCUAUAAAAGCAGAUGGCACCCGUCAUUCAAAGCUGGACCGUCGUCUAAUCUCCAGUUAGUGCUGGGAGUAGAACUGUCUUUGCCACCAGCCUAGAAUUGCCAGUAAUUCUGUUUUCUGUGUUUAGAAAGCUGAUUCCUGCCUGCUGAGUUGCCUGGGUUCCUUCGUCUGCUGGUUUCCGCCCUACCAUGGAUUCUGCCUUCUUCUCCGGAGGAUCUCCACCUGUUGCCAGCUUAACCUGGGAACAUCAACGUACACCUGGAAAGAAGACUUUCUCUGGAAACAUCUGCCACAACCAGGUUCUACUGAUACCAACUUACCAAGCACAUGGUGAACACCGGGAGAGAGAGUUCUAGAUGAAGUCAAACCAAAAGGACUGUUCUCAGCUCAUCAGCAGAGACCCAGGAAGAGGAAGGUAGAUCAGGUGGGGGAGUGGCCUGUUAGAGUCUCUUUGGGACCAUGUGGCCAUCUCAGGUGGGAAAGAGCUUCAAAACCGCAGUCCUAAUUGCGAGCAUGUGGCCUUCAGCAGCGUCCAAGGCGCACUUGACUUUCCAGGCCGUCCGGUGCUCUGGGCUGGAAGCCUGAGCGGAGGAGCACAUUUGGGCCACAGUGCUGCCUGCAUGUCAUCGAAUAAACUCCACACACAUACUAUUUUCUGAACCAUUGCUAUCUGUCUUUCUCUGGAACCCCUUCAGACCUCUUGAAUCCUUGUAGAAACAAUAAGGCGGAUCUGAAUGUGACAGGCGCGUCUCUUCAGUCGGGACCAAACCAAACCGUCAGCUGCGGCGGAGAUGCUGCUGUCAGAGCAGCAGAAGGUCCUGACAGGGUCCGCAGCUCUUAAUAAAGGCUGCUGCUCCGCUUCCCCAAUUAAACCAAGCCGAGCAAAUACACAGUGGUAACCUGCGGAACCAGUCUGAUUUAGUUUUACAGUGACGAGCUGUAAAAUACGUGUCCAUUUGAUCGAGCCACUAUAAAGCAGCUCCUGACUCUUAAAUCCUCCUUUAUAUGAAAUAGGAUAAUUUCACUUGUUCCAUGGAUGAAGACGCAAUAUGUCGCUGAUAGCAAUUUUAUUUUACGCACGGUCCAUAUGCGAAUAAAACAUAGUGAAGCUCGUGUACAGACAUGCGUGUACACACAAACGGUGCAAAAUGUAACGAGAUUUGAAUGUAUAAAGAGCGUUUCCUAUGGGUUUACCCUGGUGUCCACAUAUUUUUACGCACUGGAGUUAGAUCCCAAAAUAUUCCGACCACAAAUCGUCCCACUUAAUUUGGGCCCAGUAGCCACAUUAACAUAUAUACAAACAUAAACGGCUUCAUGUCACAGGGAUUUCUGUAUAAUUAAACCUGGUUAAAUGUAUUAUUUUUAUUGGCCGAUUUAGGCCUAUAAUAACGAUUAAAGUGCAUCCGAGAUUAAAAAUGUAAGACUGUGAACUUGAUGGUGUAUUUAUCCGAAAUCAGUUAUUUCAACCCGUGCCACACAUUUUCUUAUAAUAGAAUGGAAAACUGUAGGUUCAUUAAUCACUAAAUAAUAAUAAUAAUUGAUAGGAGCAACUUUGCCUUCUGACGCAAAUACUAAAGUGUCCUCAGGGAAUCAAAGUUCCCGAUAGAACUGUGGCUUUUAUAUUCCUCGUUUAAUAUGUCUUAAAAAUCUCCGUAUUGUUUGUCAGUAAGUGCAUCUGCAAUAAUUCAAGAGUAACUUUUUCGAGGCCAUGUAAAACUUGGAAACGCCUCAAGGAAAAACAAAAACAGGAUCAAUAAGCCAGAGAAGAUUCCUUGUGUGACACUUUAUUAAAAUGUUUGUUAUUGUCCCUGUUAAGAUGUUCCCGAGCACAGAUCUUCAUUUAGAGAGUGAUUUUGUGUUAAAUAAAAUACAACUGUCAGGUUUAUAUUCUCGAUUCAAUCACCGAUCGUCAGUCAUAAGCUCCACCUGUUGUUUUGUUCGUCGUCCGGAUAACUCUGGUUAAAUCAGCUGCUGCCUCCUGAUGAAGUCUCUCUGAAGGCCUCACGCCGCCUGUGUUUACUGCAACAAGCCGUUUCCCUUUAAAUUUGCAUCCUGAAGGACUUCGUCAAAUCAAAACCACGUGUUAGUAAACAUACAGCCUUGUUGAAUUAAAGUUCAUCCCUAAGCUGCCCUCCAUCCAACCUCGAAGAAAGAACUGGCUUAUUUGAUUAACCCCAGCGUAAUUACAGCGUGCGUCCUCUCCACGGUUUGCCAUUUAGUCAGUCAUAUCAUUUGCAAAUUAGGAACAUAUUAAUGUGGCGACUAGACCCAAAUUAUGUGGGGCGAGCUGCGGUGACACUGUUGGAAUAUUUUACAUCUUGUAGGUCUGUUUGGGAUCUAACUUCAGUGCGUAAAAAUAUGUGGAGGGUAAACCCAAAGGCGAAACAUAAAUAAAUGUUCCUUUUACAUUAACAUCUCGUUACAUGUCGUCCUAACAAAGAGGCUUCAUGUGUUUCUGACAGUAGUGUUUGUUGUCAGCUGAGCUUUAAUAGGUAAAACAGUCCUAUUCAGAGGCCGCCGGCCUCGCACGGCCUGCUGUGCCAUAAUGCUCGGCACAAGCCCUCCAAUGACUGUUAAUACUGAGUGUUUUUUGUCAAUAUUAGCGGGACUACUUGGGGGGGAAGUUUAUAAUUGGACACGUGUUUUCCCCGCUUUUUGUCGUUUGGAGAUCUACUGAUCCUUUUGUAAUUCGUUUGUAAAGCAAUGAACGAUCCACAAGGAGGGGUAGAGGAGUUCUUAAGAGCUCCCUUUCAGCCUUUAGAAUUGGCCUGAGCGACCCACCGAGAAACGUGGAGGCCCUGAAGUAUUUAAUCCAGGAGAUGUGCCCGUGAAGCUGUCACACAGCACACAUUCAGGCAGGUAGGUUGUGAUCAGUUUCUUUAAGAGACAUCGGGCGCUCUGCUGUCUGAGUCUUUGUCCAUCACCUCAGCGCACUUUAUUUUAUCUGUCAGGAAAAGAGAUUGAAUAGUUUUAAAAUAUGGAGGACAUACUCUUUGACUUAGACCAGGAUGGCAACACGGAUUUUGCCUUUUGGGGACAGAUGGACCAAAACUUCCAGUUCCAGACGCAGCUGGACACCUUCCUGCUGGACUGUACAGCGGCCACGGGCCAGCUCUCCCCCUGGUCCUCCUUCGGCUGUCAGUCCAUGUUCCCGGACGCACAGCUGACCUUCACCGACCUGGACGUGCAGUCUCCCGGGGUGGGCAUCUGCGCUGAAGGCGAGAGCUCCUCCUUGGACGAGCCCCUGGAGGCGAGCAAGCGCAGGGCGCGCAGACUGGAGACCCAUCAGCCGUACAAGGUGCAGCGGCACGCAGCCAACAUCCGGGAGAGGAAGAGGAUGCUGAGCAUCAACUCAGCGUUCGAGGAGCUCCGCUGCCAUGUACCGACGUUUCCCUACGAGAAAAGGCUGUCCAAGAUCGACACUCUGCGGCUGGCCAUAGCCUACAUCGCCCUGCUGAGGGAGAUCCUCAUGUCAGGCUGCGACCCCAAAUCCUAUGUGGACGAGUGCAUGAAGAACGGCUACAAGAAUCAGACCAACGCCAUCUGGAACACAAGUGAUCUGACAGCCCGCCUCUCUUGGAUAAAGUGGGAUUAACUGAGGAACAGUGGGCACCCGGAGUGAGGAGAUUGCAGUGGGGAGGUAUUUCAGGUCUGUUCCUCCCUCUUCUCUCUGUCUACAUGUCAAAGACAGGCGGCACCACUGAACCCACCGAUCGACAUCUGCAGACUUCUCACCAGGUCACACACCUCAGGCUUUCUCAACCCUAUCAUCUACUUUGUCCUCAGUGGCUUUUAAUAUUCUAAUUUAUUGUUGACUGGUAAUUGAGAGCCAUUGUUUCUGGGGCAGGGGCGGGAAAGAGGGUUGGCAUUGUUUUGCCAAACGGAUGGCACUUGACACGGAGAGGCCCACUGGCAUGAUGCUGAAUGGACUUACUGAGGACUCAUACUUCUGCAUAUAGCGCUGAAGUGUUUUCUGGACUCUUGUUCGUUAGUCUGCGAGUCGAUGUGUUAAAAAGAGCCUUGAUCAUGUAAAUGAGACGAUGGGCGUGAGACGCGCGUCGGUGUAAUGUGAUUUAGCAUGUCAGGUGCUGCUUCCAAAGAUGGCAAUGCGUCUGGUUGUGUGCUGUUUGUUUCAUGUGCAACCUCUCUCAUCUUCUAUUUAUUUAUUUAUUUAUAAUGAUCUCUUAUUUAUGACAAAAUACACUGUCUAACUGUGGUUAUCUAUUGUUUUGUAGCUCAAAUGAUGUGUUUACUGUGUACAUUUAAAGCAACUCAAUGUCAUGUGAAAGUGUAAUUUUCCUUAAAUGGAUCACCACAGACAAUUACACACAACACCUUAGAUAAGUAAUUUUGUGUAUGGCAGAUUUCUAAUUGGAGACAAAAUCAUGAAAGGUAACCAGUUGUCAGUUGCUACUUAUCUUCAUGUAUUUUGGCAAUAAAAAUUCAUAAAUUACAUUAAUUUAAAAAGUAAGUGUCAGUUAAGGACCGAUAGCUCAUCUCUCUUAGUUAUCCCUCCUUUCUUGAUUUCAAAGUCUAUUAGAUGACUCAAAAUCACACCCAAAUCUGCACAGAUAUUUUCAUGCCCUGUACUGGAAAAUUUAAACAAUUUCUUGCAGCACACCGGCAAUAGAUUUGUUAAACCCUUGUGUUGUCCUUGGGGUCGUUCUGACCCCAAGUAAAAUCUUUUGCCGUUGUAUACUUUUAUGUAACAUUUGGCCCUAAAUUCCAAAAUGAAGGGAAAAAAUUGUGGUAAUGGGUUGGACUGAAGUAAGACUAACGGUGUAUCGCAGAUUUGAUUGACAAUUAAUACUGUAUACGUUUAAUAACAGCCAAACCAUGCAGGGUCAUUUUGACCCCAGAGGACAAAAGGUGUAUGGCACCUGGGGGGACAUUACAAGGGUUAAGACAGCGAAUAAGCUUGAUGACAUGGUCUGAAUCAGUUGAGAAUACAACCAGUGUGAUUUUUUUCUUUCAAAGUAAGGUUUAUUACUGUCCUUUAACUGCUGCUGUGUCUAAUGGCAUGUAUAGAAUGGGAUGUCAAUUGAUGAUUCCGUGCUGUGAUUCCAAAAAUGUUAGUAACUACAGCUGGCACCAUCAUGGAAAAUGAAGUGGUUUCAGUAUAGUCGAAAGUAACUGCCAUGGUUUACUUGUCUGGCUAAAGAGAGAAAAUAGACUAAAACAUUGAUUAAGAGAGUCUGUGACGUGCAGUCCAAAAUAUAUGUCCAUGUGCGCUACGCUAUAAGGCUUGGCAGUGGUGUGAAAGAAUGGACUAUGUAGAUAUGACUUACUGCGCAUAUAUGGCGCAGUAAAUCCUCCAGGUGUCUGUAUGCAUGUUGGGAAGGGAGCAUAAUACUGGCCUAAUGCUCCCUUUUAGAUACAUACAUGGACAGUCAUUACACCUCUUUCUGGUCUGCUGAGUGGCCUCCAUUCUACACAUUCACAGUAAGUCAUAUCUGCUCCACUAAUGCACAUUACUGGGUGAGCAUGCACAGUAUUUGCCUUGAAGUGUAGCUGACACAGGCUGUUCAUCCUCGGAGGGUGCAACCGAAAAUUUGUGUCCCUGCGUUAGACUCUCACAAACUUGGAAAGAUGAUGAAAUUUAUGUCAUACAGUUCCUGGCAGACUUCCAGGUACAUGGAAAGAAAGUUGACGUUGACUGUGGUUCCAUUCGCUCCACAGUAGGUACGAACUGGUCUGCUAAACAGACACUGUUCUUCAUAUUUAACACAGAAAUACAGACAUCGCUUCUGUUGAUGUUGCUGAAAGGCUACCUGUGAUUGUACAUUUUUUUACACUAUAUCGCAGCUAGUUACAGAUUGGGCUGCAGCAUCCUGUCCACAUAAUCUUUUCUGAGGUGUGCUGAUCACAGUGAGCAGACAUAGCUCAGAGUUCCUAGACAAUUUAGAACCUUCUACUGUAUUCAAGCACUGUCAGUGGAAACUGUGCAAAAUCCAAAGCACCUCCAAAUUUCAGCUGCAACUAUGUCAAUUUCACCUGUUUUUAUAAUAAAUUAGGAAGGUGUGAAUGAAUGAGAAUCCCCUCAUACAUCUAUCCAUUAUCUAUACACCACUUAAUCCUCAUUAGGGGGGCUGGAGUCUAUCCCAGCUGACAGGGGACACCUGGACAGGUCACCAGUCUAUCACAGGGCUACACAGAGAGACAAACAAGCACACUCACAUUCACACCAAUGGAGAAUUUAGAAUUACCAAUUAACAUCAGCAUGUUUCUGGACUGUGGGAGGAAGCCAGAGUACCUGGAGAAAACUCACGCAUGCAAAGGGAGAACAUGUAAACUCCAUACAAAGUCAUUACAAUUCAUCCUAGGGGGUAUAUCAAUAUACAGCAGGUCCUCUAUCAUCAAAAUCAUUAGCAUGCACAAAAUAUCAAGGCACCCCAUCCAUCCUGUGUUUCAACACAAUGCCAUAGUUUUAGGGUGUACACUCAAAAUUUCCAUCAGUUCAUGAAAGUAUUUUAGUAAGGUCUAAUUUAUAAGCACCUUUGCAUUCCUUAUAUAUGCCAAUGUAGCAUCAUAUCUACACUAAUUAAAAUGGUUAGAGGCUUCAAUUGUCAGUCUCAUUAUCAGACUAUUUGCCAAACUAUGUAAAGACGACGACAUUACACAGCAAAGCUAUUUUUAUUACAACAGUGUAUUUUCUCAGAGUCUGAGCGUUCCUCCCAGCAGUCCACAGAUGCUGCUCCAGGUGUACUGGUCAGAUGUGUAAAACAGGCGAGGUGAGUCAACAACAUACCCAUUCUUCUUUUUCUCAUGCAAUUUCAGUGCCACUAAUAGAGCCCUUAGGAAACAAUUAUGAAGCAACCGAGUUUUGAGACGUACGCUUCAGUCAUAGCUUGUGGGUGAUGUAUAGCUGAUGAAUUUGUGUUUUGGGAUUUUUUGGUCACAGUAAAUUAAAAAUGAGUCCCUAGUUAUACUGGA